UAUGCAACGCGACCUAGCUGCAUAGUUUACACAAUUCACAAAUCCCCGUCCAUGGAUCACCUCAAUAUUACAUGAUAAUGAUUAGCACCUGUGAUGCCAAUGAAACUAUUGUCAACAUUUGGGGACAUAUUUAUACCCCACAUCGCCGGCUCAUAUCACAGACGGUCGGGACUCCACAGCACCACCACCAAAAAAAAUGAUGAAAAUUACGCUCCUCGCCUUGGCCGCGUUAUCGUGCGCGUGCGCGUCGGCCGACCAGCCGCCGCCGGCGCAGGCGCAGCCAGUAGAGAUCGUCAAACAAGACUCCGAAGUCGAUGUCAACGGAUACAACUUCGAAUUCGAAACAAGCGACGGCACAUCCCGCCAGGAGCAGGGCGAGUACAAGAACGACACGGACCAGCAAGGACUCUCAGUCAAGGGCAGCUACAAAUACGUCGCGCCGGACGGACAGCACAUAUCCGUCAGCUUCGUCGCCGACAAGAACGGAUACCAGCCCAAGGAGACUAAUGACGACCAGAAACCCGCGCAGUCUUAAGGAAUGUUGAUGUACUAUCAGAGAAGUUGAUUCCUA